CCAUGGCGGGGACCAACCUGGUGGGCAAGUUCACGCAGAGUGUUCGCCGCAUCGUGCAGGACGUGAAGGACGAAGGCACCUCCAGCGGCCAGACCAAGGAGGAGGUCAUCGACACGAACGAGCGGCUGCGCGCGGUGCGCAUACGGCUCGAGGAGUCGUACGACACGGCCAAGAAGUCCCUCAUCACGCUCAUGACCAAGUACACGGACAGCAAGGCCGUGCGCAACGUGUUCCAGCGCUACAACCUGCUCAAGGCCAUGAUCAAGGAGGUGAUCCGCCUGGAGACGCAGUACUGGACGCUGGUGGACAUCCCGCGCCAGGAGAAGCAGGAGACGGUGCCGGCCUUCGUGCUGCGCGCCUGCGCCAUCAUGGAGAAGUCGCAGAAGUCGGGCGAGGGCGUCAAGACGUCGGCCCGCCUCGCCGAGGACGAGGAGAAGAGGAAGGAGCGGAUAGAGCGGCUCGAGAACAUGACCAUAAUGCAGAUUGAGUCUGAAAACACGCUGAUGACGAAUGAUCUGUAUCGACUCCUGAAGAAGUAUUCUGGCUUGCGGAACCUUAUACGAGAACUCAAGUCGGAGUACAUGAACUCGAAAGUGUACCCCAUCUUCCCACGCUACACCAUCCUCAAAGACAUGAUCAAGGACAUAAUGCACCACCCUGACUACAUGGAGGUGUGCCACGAGGUGGACGUUUAGUGGCGCAGUGCUGCCAACAUCAGCAUAACUUUUAACAUGCCUCGGCACAUAAGACACAGCUUUCUGCCUGGCAGUCCGCCCGUCUUCAUUAAGCGCAACUGUAUAUCAGAAAAUGUUUUAUUGACGUAACUAAAUUUCAACUGAAAUCCACAAUUUUUUAAGUGAAAAUGUUUGAAAAACAUUUCGUAACUAUCAUGACAUUUCUGUAACUGAGUUAAUUUUCAACAAGUAAAUUUAUUUAAUUACUUUUAAAAGUAUAAGACAAUGCUAACUGAGAUAUAGUAAUAAUGUAGUGACACAAUUAAACAUUAGUACGAAUUGCUCAUAAGCUCGUAAUUUAUUUAAUAGAUAUUACAAUGUUAUAUGAAUACUAUUAUUUUUUGCUUUUAUGAAGACCUGCAUGCUACUUAAACAUUAACUUAAACAAUUGUAUCUCUAAAUAAAUGAAUAUUUAAAGUGGAUUCUGCCAUAAUUACGCUUUCAUUCAUAUCAUCAGCAUGCAGUAAUUUCUGUUCUCUGAAGAUGAACUAAGACGCUCUUGAGCCACUUGCUAUUGGAAUUUGACUGCUUUAAAAAAAAUACUUGGAUUUUCAGGCACACCUAAAAAUGUGGUUAGUUUUUGCUGCAUAUUUUCAUAAUCUACACGCUUAUCAAUUUGUUUGAAUAAUUGAUAAAUUGACUAAAAGAGGUAAUCAUAUUAUAAUCUAUAGUAUUAAGUAGACUAUCAAUAUCAUUAAAAUACCAUCUAAGGUAUGAAAGUCAAUUGAAAAUCCAUAGGUUUCUUGUUGCUGUUGUAAAUUUUCUUCUGGACGUACAUAAAUUUUGUGAGUAAUAUUUCUGUCAUAUUC